CCCGCCUGACUAUAUAAAGCCCCCCGUUCCCGUGCUUCGAAACACCUUUUUCGUCCUCUUUUCUUUCUCAAGUCACUCUUAUCCAUUAACAUGUCUCCAUCGUUCCAAAUCUCCUCCGCCGACGCCAGAAAGCAGGAAUCCGACUUUUCUGCUCACAACUACCACCCAUUGCCAGUGGUCUUCUCCAAGGCCUCCGGCGCCCACGUGUGGGACCCGGAAGGAAACGAGUACCUCGACUUCCUUUCUGCCUACUCUGCUGUCAACCAGGGCCACUGCCACCCAAAGAUCAUCGAAGCGCUUGUCGACCAGGCCUCUAAGCUCACCUUGUCAUCCCGUGCGUUCUCCUCCGACGUCUUUGGUGUUUUCGCCAAGUACAUCACCGAGUACUUCAACUACGAGAUGGUUUUGCCAAUGAACACCGGGGCCGAAGCGGUUGAAACGGCCUUGAAGUUGGCCAGAAGAUGGGGUUACACCAAGAAGAACAUUCCCGCCGGUGAAGCCAUUAUCUUGUCCGCCACCGACAACUUCCACGGUAGAACUUUGGGGAUCAUUUCCAUGUCUACUGACCCAGAGGCCACUGCUGACUACGGCCCAUACCUCGCCGGUGUUGGCCCACAGAUCCCGGGCGCCCCAAAAGGCACCUUCAUCCGCUACGGUGUCAUUGAGGAUAUUGAGCUCGCCCUCAAGAACGCUGGUGACAAGGUCUGUGCUAUUUUGUUGGAGCCAAUCCAGGGUGAGGCCGGUAUUGUUGUGCCACCAAAGGACUACUUGCAGCAGGUGACCGCUUUGUGUAAGAAGCACAACGUGUUGUUGAUCUGUGACGAAAUCCAGACUGGUAUCGCCAGAACUGGUAAGAUGUUGUGCUACGAACACUCCGCCGGUGUCAAGCCAGACAUUAUCUUGUUGGGCAAGGCCAUCUCCGGUGGUGUCAUGCCAGUCUCCGCUGUCUUGUCUUCCAAGGACAUUAUGUUGUGCUUCGAGCCAGGUUCUCACGGUUCCACUUACGGUGGUAACCCACUCGCCUGCCGUGUUGCCAUUGCCGCCUUGGAGGUUGUCAAGGACGAAGGCCUUGUCGAGAGAUCCAGAGAUCUCGGUGAAAAGCUCCGUGCUGCUCUUACCAAGUUGAUGGAAGAGUCCAACGGUGUUAUCUCUGAGGUUCGUGGUGUUGGGUUGCUUUCUGCCAUUGUUAUUGAUGAAACAAAGACCAACGGUAGAUCCGCCUGGGACUUGUGUUUGUUGAUGAAGUCCCAUGGUGUUUUGGCCAAGCCAACUCACAACCACAUUAUCAGAUUGGCCCCACCUUUGGUCAUCUCCGAAGAGGACUUGAUGAAGGGUGUUGCGUCCAUCAAGAAGUCCUUGAUUGACUUGCCAAAUGUCGAAAAGACUGCUCAUUAAGGGACUCACUUCAAUUCUUGUACACUAUCUAAUAAAGUCUUUACGGAA